AUGUCUGACGACUUGCCAGCCCCUAAGCGAGCUGGUAUAACACUGAGGUUAGGAGCUAUUAUUCCUACAGUCUUUUCAGCUGGUGCGUUUGCACUUCAAUUGAUAGCGAUCAUAUCGGGAACUUCAUCCGGUUUUCUGCAGGAUUUUUGGAUCCUUAACGUGGGCACUGUCCUUUCUUAUAGGACACAUAUAGCUACAUAUAGGCUGACAAUCCAUAGUUGAAUACCACCAACCUGGGCGAAGGCCUGGUUAUAUUCACACCCAACGCAUUACCUCAGGAAUCUGCAGCCUUAUUGUCACAACCUCAAGAAAACUUGCAAAUAUUUGACCAUGUAAAUUUUGAACCAUUUCCGCCACUACAUACCAGAGCACCACCAUCGGAUCCGCCGUUUUUUAGACCGCAACCUGAAAUCACUCCAUCGCGCCUCCCUACAGUCUCGACCACUCGUGCCUCUCCUCCAUUUACCGUAUCCCUAGAACCAUUUCCGCGGGUAUCUCCAGCUCCUCAAAGGACCUCGAUUCCACCAGCGCGGUCAACCCCAACUCCAACACCCCGCCGUCCAUCGAACCCUACCAAUCUUCCUCCGACCCCUGGACCGGCCAACGGAACCACGAGUGCUACUUUCGCAGAUGAUAUUGUCAAUGGGGUUCUCACAGCAGUUGGAAACGUACUCGUCUCAGCCAUUCUUAACAACGUAGACUUGAAUAUUAUCGUAGCACAAAUUAUUGGCGGAAUAAAAGAAGCGAUUGGUAUAGCAGAUUUCUACAGUUUCCACCUGCGAAAUGUAUGCAAAAGCAAGGUUAUCGAAACACCAGAUGCAAAUGAACUAAUCAAGACCAAUUGUACAACGUGGUAUAACGUUGGAGCUGGUGGGUCGUUUACUCCUCUAAAUUCCAAUCCAAAAAAACGACUGACAUAUUCCAGAAUUGGCAACCAAUACUCGCGGCAUCAAUAGUUCAUACCAAGCUCUCACGGUCAAAGUCACCAUACCCCUUUUGGGAACAGUUGGAGAACAAGUCGAUAGCAUGCGUACCCUGAUAAAAGUCAUGGCUGUAUUAGAUGACAUCUUACAAUUCAGUAUUCUCAUCGGCUUCAUUAUUACAGCCAUCUUCUCACUCCUAGCAAUCUUCCGUACACGCUCAAGACGAACCGUCGGAUUAGUGACCAUUCUAGCCCUCCUCACUUGCCAACUCCAAGCCAUCGUCGCAAUAAACAUAACAGUAAUCAUCAGCCUCAUGCCACCGCAAGUCAACAGGUUCAGCAGAAACCUAGGAAUACAACUCGAGCACGGAAACUCGAUUCUCAUUCUUGUGUGGGUCACCUUUGUGCUGGCUCAAGUGGCGGCAGGUUACUGGGCUUUCGUGUGGUUUGCCGAGGUGAGACAGGCUAGUAUCAAGAGAAGGAUGAGGACUGCGGCGCAGAAGAAAAUGGGCAAAGACAUGAAUGUCAAAGCUGUUUGGAGGGAGUUGAAGAACGAUUUUAAGCAUCCAAAGGAUCAUCAUGGGGAUGGCAUGGAGGAGGGCUUGGUUCGGAAUAGCCGUGAGAGGAGGGUUACUGUGAAAAGAGAGUUGGUGAAGAAUGAGACUCCUGGGACGUAUGUUUACAGGGUUACGGCUGAUGAUAAUGAUGAUGAGAUACAACCUGUUGACAUGGCAGGGGCUUUGGGGGAAAGGUAG